CGCGAGUACUUCCGGGUGGUGCUUGGGUCAGAAACGGUGGAUCAUGGCUGCUGAUGGGGUGCAGGAGCAGGUUUUAAAGCUGCAGGCUCGUUUGUCAACCACUCAGGAACCCAAGAAGAUCCUGAAGACUUUAAAACGCUUACAUGAACUUCCUGUCACUGUGGAUAUUCUUGCUGAUACAGGGAUAGGGAAAACAGUGAAUGGAUUCAGGAAGCAUGAUGUGAUUGGAGAAAGUGCUAAGAACCUAGUCUCAAAGUGGAAGAAACUCGUACCCCAGGAAGUAGAACGAUCCACCAAUACACUCGAGGAGAGGGAAUUUGCUUUUAAUAAAGGGGUCUCAAAAAAGAGACACAGGGAACAUUCUCCAGAAGAUUAUAGACAAACAUUCCAGACCCCUCAUGGAGAGUCUUAUGAAUCGAACUAUGAACAUCUUCACGUGAAAGGGAGACGUUCACCUGAAAGUGAGAAAUCUUAUACGUAUAGUAGCCAUGAUUACCAGUCUUCAAAAUCCCAUUCUAAAGAGCAUGUGGAGAGAUGGACUAAAUCUCCUCCUGUGGAGGAUUAUGAUGAUAAGGUUGAUUCAUCGGAUGAAGAUGCUGAGCAAACUAUGCAGCCACCUAAAAGCCUCCAAAAAAGUCACCAGGACCACUCCAGCUCACGAAUAGAAGUGGGCAUGGGCCGUGAAAAGGAACACAAAUCUUCACACAAAGAAAAGCAGCAUUCAGUUCUAAAAGGUGAAGAAAAAUAUAAAUUAUCUUCUUUCCAAAUGCAAGAUAAAAUGAACAAAUCUUGCUCAAAGGAACAAAAUAAUCACAGGGACCAAGAAGAUUAUACAAGUUCCAGUCAUAAGAAGCCUCGAUUGCAAACGGAGGAAAAUUUUGAUGACAGAAAACAUAAGCACAAAGGCUCAGAUAAGCGGAAGUCUGAUCACGACGAACAGAGAAGUACAUUGGACAAGCCCAAAGAGAAACCAACAUCGAGUAAACAGAAAGAAGAGGUGGAGUCAAGAAAAACAAAAUCUGCAGAAAAGCUUCCGUCUGUUUCUUCCCAGAAGGAACCUACUAAUGCUGUAAUUGUUGAUGAAUCUGAUGAACCGAUAAUGUCAUUUGAAUCUUACCUUAGCUAUGACCAACCACAGAAAAAAAAGAAAAAGAUAAGCAAAUCUGCAGCUGUGAAGGUUAAAGAGACUCGUCCAUUAAAAUCUAAAGGAUCAGAUAAAUCUCCAUCAAAAUCGGGUUCAAAGGGUUCAAACGCGUCCUAUGGAGAACGGAAUGCUGAAGAGAAAAAGAAAGCCAAAAGACGUGUUGAAGAUGUGCCUCAUGUUAAAUCCAAAAAGAUGAUGAUUGAUGUUGUACCGGUCUUACCAGAUAUUCCAUUGCCACUUAUCCAGCCCAACUACAGACCCCUCCCUUCCAUAGAUUAUACACCAUUAUCACCACCCAAAAGGAAAGCUAUGUCUAUGUCUGAAGAAGAUCUGGGAUUCACUGGUCGCCGAUUUAACUCGAAGAUGCAAGUGUACUCUGGAUCAAAGACAGCCUAUCUCCCAAAGAUGAUGUCAUUAUUUGAACAGUGCAUUCGAGUUCUUCAAAAUAAUGUGGACUCUAUUCACGAAGUUGGAGGAGUGCCAUUUGAAAUCUUGGAGCCGGUGCUGGAGCGGUGCACCCCUGAUCAGCUCUAUCGUAUUGAGAACUGCAAUCCAAUGUUUGUUGAAGAAACCGAUCAUCUGUGGUUGCGACACGGUAAGAGAGACUUUAAAAAUCAGGACAGAGAAGAGUAUGAGUCGUGGCGUGAAAUGUACCUACGUCUUCAUGAUGAACGAGAGCAGAGGCUGCGAGCUAUAACUCAAAGUAUUAGUUCGGCUCAUGCCAGCAAACCUAAGGGCCGCCAGGCAAAGUUAGCCUUCCUACACACUGAGGUGAAGCCACCGAGAGAUGUAAGGCGCAGACAAGAGAAGCAUGGGACUGGAAUAUGUAUUCCAGCACCUCCAAGGAUUAAGGUGCAGAGUCAAAUUGGAAGCAGUGGUAAUGGGAGAGGAAACCAGUCCUUUGAUGAUCCAGGUCCUAGCACCAGCCAUAGCUCUAUAGCAUCAAGUGUGACAACUCCCAACAGCGGAGGGGGACUCUAUGAAUCCAAGAAACCCCAAGUCAAAAGUAAAAAUUGCACCAAUGAUGGCAAAAACAAUAAAAUUUUUCAAAAAUCGUUUUAGUCGAAGAUAAAUCGAAUGGGUGAAAGACAGAUGGAACUGUGACAUCAACAGCUCCUUGCAAAAUGCUGUAUCAACUGGUCCCAUUCUGAGCCAUUUAGUGCUCAAGAACACAGGGGUGCAAAUUGCAAUACCAAGAACUUAAAUGACUGUGUGCUUGAGAUGAUACCCAACAAUUACAUCUUAUUUUUUAAAAAUAUUUUAUUAUUUUACAUUUUAGAAGCAGAAAUGUAAGCUCUUAAUGUUAGAGCAUUGAGUGUAUUUUUCUUUUAGAAUGUUCAUGUGUAAACAACACUUGUUGCACAAAUUCAAUCACUCUAUUUUAAAAAAAUCCCUCUACAUUUUAAAAUUCUUUGUCUUCAUAAAGUGAAGUUAAUUUUAAAUGGCAACAGAUUUCAGGCUCAAUCAACAUCAAGGUUGCAGUAUUGGUUUUAAAUGUUCCUUCCCUUUUGUUCUGACUUACCAUAUUUUAACGUUGUGCCAAUCUUUUUGUUCUCAUGCUAUACAAGGGUGCUGGCCUUUUGAAACCAGCUGUUCCAUUGGGUAGAUUGAAAUGGGUCAUGAAUUGCAUUGACAUUGUGGAUAAAGGAAUGCAGUCACAGAAAUAAUUAGUGCUGUUUUGAGUUUUUUUGUUUCUGUGGUAACAUGAUUUUUUUUUUUGCUAAUAAAGUCCUAGUACUGUAAGUGAACAUGUGACAUUGACAAGUAUUUGGUUGUUUUCUUGAAGCAUUGCCAAGGAUGUGAUUCUAGAUUUUUAACUCAAAUUGGGUAUUUUAUGUUUGCAGAUGUGGAAGGGAGCAGAUGAAAUGAUUGACAAUCUAUUAGUUUGUUGAUAUUUACUGAGACAAAGUUUCACGAUUGUACCAGUCAUUUCAGUGAACGUUUCUCUUGAUAUUAAACCAGCUGCAUUUUUCUUUAUUAGGUCUAUUUGGGAUUAUUUAUUCUGUGAGCAUGAUUUGGUUGCCCAUUUCACUAACAACAAAAUUCAUGUGAUUCAUUAAAGGCAGUAAUGUUAUUCUGAAAUGACAAAAUAAGUAAAAAGUUUCUUAUUAUUUGAGAACUAAAAGUUAAUUUCAUAUUCUGCAGGCAGAUACCCACCUAUGAAAUCUUACCUGUAACACUAAGUUCUGUGAAUUUAUUUUUCAUCUGUGUGGGAAAGCAUUACCCUAUCUCACUUGCAGUUUAGGCAUACAAAAGGGUGGAUCUUGGUCUGUUCAUUAAAAUUUGCCUCGAUUUUGGCGCUCGAUUAAUCACAUUGACAUAAUGGUUUUGUUAAGCAGUGUGUGUCUUUGUAAUGCACUGUGAAUUGAUCCAGGUCAAACUGAAUUACAGGAAGUGUACCCAACAAAAAUUAUUAAGAAUUUAUUGAAAACAGAAUUUCAGUUUGUGCACCAAUAUGGUGUUAUUUUAAUGGGUGCAUUAUAUGAGGAAGGAGAAAUAAAAUAAAUACGAGCAUAGAUAUUUAAAGAGCAAAUAUAAACAUUUAUUUUAAGGGGACAUGAACAAGUAUUUAACAAUGUAAUAAAGAACCAUUAAUAUACCACGAAAUGAAUGUAUUUAUUGUACAUUGUAUGUAGAAUUUCAAAGUCAGUUUAUAUUAUGCAAUUACAUUUAUGGUGAUGAUACCCAAUUGAACUAUGAAUUUCAUUUCCACACGCGCUUAGACAGGCUACUUAAAAUCCGAUCUGAGGCUUGAAAUGCACCUGUAAACACAAAAUUCAUAAAAUGUAAACUGUGUGUUUAACUAUUUUAAUUUAUGCCCACAGUGUUUUCCAGGAAUGGAUUCAGAUGACUAUUGUAAAUGAUUUGAGUUUGUUUCAUGGAUGUAUAAUGUGUUUUAAAACAACUCAGUUACUGUUUUGUGAAUCUGGGUGUCCUUUAUUCUACAUAAUAUCCUUGACAAGGCAACUUUGACAUGUAGAAGUUUCUAUCUAUAAAUCCCUUCUGUCCAAGUAUUAUUCAUUUCUGCUCAUCCAGGUGGGUAUCUCAUUUCUAGCCCUAAAAACACAAUUCCAACUAUUCAAAACCAGUUUUAUUAACAUGCUUCCAUGUUAGUUGUUUUUCUGACGUCUGUCCUUAGAUUUGACUAAAAUUAUCUGGGUGGAAAGUCGUAGAAUCAGUCAUGUAUAUACAGGUAGUAAGAAGCUACCAAUUUGACCCAUCCUACACUACCGGGCAAAAAAUAGCCAUUUAAACUAUUCCUAUGUCAAAGAACUUGCUCUGUGGUCUUGUAGAUAUGCAUUUUGUGGCCAUCUAGGUACUUUAAAAAAUAACAUGGAGUUUCUGUUUUACCAUCUGUUUUCUCUGGAUGUACACUUUAUUUCUCAAUUCCCCUCCGUUCAAUUAACUCAAUUCUACAUCCUGUAGUUCUUCCCCUCUAUUCAAUUACCUUAAUUCUACAUUCUGUAGUUAUUGACCUCUCUGCAAAAGAGAAACGGAUUCUUCUUGCUCACGUUGUCUAGACUGCCCAGUAUUAUCUACUGUCAUGUGGAGAGAAGACUUUGGCAUGAUAUCUGCUACAAUAGUGCUUCCUUCGUGUUGAUGUUUAGAACUUAUUUCUUCCAUUAGCAAUUUCUAGAGAUUUGAUGGUGGAGAUUUUAAAUAGUAAACAGCUGGGAGAUCAGUGGUUUGAUGAUUUGCUUCUAUCAGAGAAUUAUUAUUACCAGUGUGCAUGCCUGUCCAUUUACACUGUGUAUAUGCAACAAUGAUGGAAACCAAUAGCAGCAUUCUCAGUAAAUGGAAUGAAAACUGCUGACAUUUAUAUAAUUUUAAAAAAAUGAAGCACACUGGAAAUAUUGAAACACUGAACUGCCCCAUCUCCUCAAAAAGAUAAUUUGACAGAUUUAUUUGUAUAUUGUACAGUGCAAUUAAAUACUCACACUGCAAAUUGAAAAUCUUUCCCGUCAUGAUAUAAUCCUGAAUGGAAGGAUUGUGAUGUUUUGAUUGCAGCUCUGCUUUGGGUAACAUGACACAUUUCAGGAAUCGCAAGAAUAUUUUUAAAAUUGAGAAAAGGGAGUUGAAGUUUGCAUAAUUUGGUGCAAAACUGCAGGAUGUUAAUAAAAUGUUAAAAUGGGAUUACAGCAUAUUUCAUGUAUCAAGUCUAUUUAUAGUACUUAACAGUUGCCAAGUAGUUUUGUUAAUUAGUUUCAAUGUGUGUGUUAUGUGUUAAUUCUUGUCCCAUAAAAUAAAAUGUUAUAUUAACAGCA